AUGAAUGGCCUGAGUGAUUUGAGUGAAUUGUUCGGUGAACGGGAAACCAAAUCACCGUCUGAACAACUACGUCGCAUUCAUCCUCCAUCAGAAGAUCAACACUUGUCUAUCAUAACCAUGAAUGCGAUCACUUCUAAUACUACUGAAACAACCGAUAAUUUUGCAUCAAACACAG